GUUGCCAUGCCUGGUUCUGGUUGCCUGGCCUGGGUCGUGGCUGGUGCAGGAUUUUACAGUGCUCGCAGAACCCCGCUUAUUGCAUGUUGGCGUGUGCAUCGCGACGUCAACAAACAACGGUUGGGCUAGCCGCCCCAAGUUACACAACGUGGCGAUUUCAAGGGUUAGGGUUGGUGACGAUCGUCAAGACAAACUGCAUCAACGUCGUCGCUCGAGCAUCGCGUCGCGUCGUCGCAACGGCCGCACUCGAACCGCUUGACGGCAUGCUCCGCAGGGGCUUUGGCUCUACCACUGAACAGAGGUCUCGUCACCGGCGCUGGUUGGUCAAUCAGCGGCAUACCACCCGUUCCUUAAAAAACAGGGCAGACAGGAAACACGAUGAGCAGCCGUCGCGUAACGCGCCAGCAAACGGCGGCCACCACCGCCACCGUCCAGCCCUCGAUAUCUAUUUCGGAGCCAAGGGGGGGUGGGCUGUUUAUAAACGACCCCGUCCCUCGCCGUAGCGCACCGAACAGGGCAGCAAGCAACCUGAGCAUCUCAACCAACCGCGAGGGGAGGAGCGAGUCCGACGAUGACGUUGACGAGGUGGUAGUCGAGGACAAGGAGCCUUCUGUGGAGGAGGAGGAUGCCGCAAGCUCAUUAGGCGUCGAUCAAGACGAACAGCUGGACGACAUGGAGGCCAGGCAGUUGAUGAUCAGCCUCCUUCCCACCCUGAGAUCGACGGCGGACGACCUGAUGCAGCGGCUCAAGGAAGGCGACUAUGGACAAAAGGUCAUGAGGCAAAUCACGAAGACAAAGCGGAUUCAUUUCUACACUGUGCGCGACACCUACACAGUCUCCAAGAUCACGACCCCGUUUGUCGACUGGUCAGGGCAGGUCGAUGAAGACGACCAAGCAACGGAAGUCAACACCCUCGUGCGAGCCAACCUCGUCUCUGUCCUGGACGGCAUUCGUCUCCUCCAGGCCGACAAGAAGGCCGACGCCCUGUCAUUUCUCAGGGCGCUCGACGCUUCGUACGAAAAGGGUCUCUUCGGCGGUAACGGCAAGAACCUGAACCUGGCACUGCGCAUCCGCACCACCUACUUUGUCGAGUACCUGGCGCGCCAGAAGGGCAGGGUCCGACCUGCCGAGUUCAUUGCUUCCGUCUUCUGCGAGAAAACCAAGAGCACCGACUUCGCUUCCAUCUUGGAAAAGGGCCCGUUCAGAACCUUGGGCGGAGCAGGCGACGCUGCCUGGGCCAAGGCCUGUUCGAAGCGCACGGGUGAGCUUCUAGAUGUCAUGAGCAAGAGCAGGAAGACGUACGGCGUGGAGGCGUUGAAGGAGAUGUAUCCGCCCCCAGAGCUCUUCAACGACCUGGAGAGGUGGGUGCUGGACGACUACGCGAGAGUACGAGACCUGGACUCCGGCGAGGACGUUUUCCACGAUGCCAUGCAAGGCGCGCCGGGGUCACAGGCAGCGAGCGAAGCUGACACGCAGGAUGUCCAGCGUGAUCCCACCGCGCACCGCAGCAUGUACACGGGGCCUCAGUCGGUCCUGGAGCUCAACCGGCCUCCCUCGAACCAGGAGCAGCAGGCGGCGGCUUCAUCGGCGCGUGAGAUGCGCCCGCCACCGGCGCCGACCCAGAACGGAGGUAGUCGUGGGAAGACAAAACGCGCUGCUGCUGCUGCUGCUCCCCCGUCGGACGACGACGACGACGAUGUCUUUGAGACGGACUCGCGGCCCCCCAACUCAGCGAAGCGUCGCCGGGUCGCACCGCCGCCGACCUCUUCCGCCCCCUCGCCCUCGGCCCUCCCCGCCGCGUCCCAGAUCGAGAUGGACGCCGUGCGGGCCCGCGCGCUGGCGACGUCCUCGCAGGCGCGCCUGCAGCUGCGCACCGAGCUCGGCCAGCGCACGCGCUGGUCCACGCACGACGUGCACCUGCUCAUCGACCUCGUGGCCAAGCACCGCGCGGCGUGGUCCGCCAUCGCCAAGGACGACACGGCGCGCUGGGACCGCGAGGAGGCCAAGCGCGGCCAGCAGGGCCUCCGCGACAAGGCCCGCAACCUCAAGGUCGACUUCCUCCUCACCGACAUGCCCCUCCCGCCGUGCUUCGACCUCGUCGCCCUCAGCAGCAAGGAGGUGCGGCGCGUCGAGGAAGCGAGGCGGAACCCCUUCCGCAGGGAGGAGGACCUCGACGAGGACGGGCGGCCUACGAACACGUUACUCUAAGGAUGUGUGCGCCGCCGCCGCCACUCUGUCCGUCUGUCUACUGUUUCUCUCUGUCCAUAGCCGACCGCCGACCCGACCGACCGACGACGAGCGAGCACAGAACCAGGCCUCCUACCUACUACCUAUUUGCUCCACGUUUUUAUUCCAUAUCUAUUCCAUUUACAUAUGGGUUCCAUACUUGCCAAAUCUUCCGCCCGGGGGGGGGUGGUUCUUGUCGCCAGUCGUCUGCUCCCGUGUCUCGCGGCUGCGAGGCGCCUAGCGCUUGCUUGCUUGCUUGCUUUCUGCCAUGUGGGCUGCUGCCGUUCGCGCCCUUUGCUGGCCCGUGUAAGAAGAGAUGGAGCGAGGGGUGAGAAAAGAAGCAAUGUAUUACCUAUUGUACUUUGCCGGCGCGUAAAAGAGAGGGAGAGGGAG